CUUACGUAUUACCCCUGCAGUGGAGAGUCGCGAGGUGGUGCUCACUACAACAAACAAACUUUAAACGAUAACAAUGGAACCCUUCUCUUUCAGCACCUCACACUUAUCCAUAUCCACCAACACCACCAUUUUCUCCCCCAAACACCACCCUCCCUCCGCCGUCACCACCACCAUCUCCUUCUCUCUCAAACCUCCCUCAGACUCCGGCAACUCCGCCACCCCUCGCCGCCCCUCCAAAUCCCUCAAAACCACUCCAACCUCAAACCCCCUCGCCAACAAGCUAUGGCUCACAAGCAAACUCUCCCCACCCCCUCCUCCGCCACCGCCGCCACCACCGCCGCCCGUGAAUGAAACUGAAACCGUCGCGGAAGAUAGCGGCGGCGACGAGGACUCGAAUUCCGAUUCCCAAACCGAUUUCCGGCAGCCGGGGAAGAUCUUCGUGGGGAACCUUCCAGCGUGGGUGAAGAAGCCUCAGGUGGCGGAGUUCUUCCGGCAGUUCGGGGCGAUACGUAGCGUCAUUUUGAUCAAGGGGCACCACAAGACGGAGCGGAACGCGGGCUUCGCGUUUGUCAUAUACGAUGGUGAGGACGAGGCGGCGGACAAGGCGGCGAUGCGAGCUGUUGAGUUUGACGGCGUAGAGUUUCACGGGAGAGUUCUAACGGUGAAGCUAGACGACGGUAAGAGGAUGAGGGAGAAGAGUCAAGAGCGGGCGCGGUGGUUGGAAGGGAAUGGCGACAAGGGAGAGUAUCCAUCCACGUGGCAUGAGGAGAGGGACGGAUCAAGGAAGGGGUUCCAGAAGGUUCUGGAAACCCAGCCCGAGAAUUGGCAGGCCGUUGUGACAGCCUUCGAGAAAAUUAAGAAGCCUGCUAGAAAGGAAUAUGGUUUAAUGGUUAAAUAUUAUGCACGACGAGGGGACAUGCAUCAUGCACGCCAAACAUUUGAGAGUAUGCGAGCAAGGGGAAUAGAGCCUUCUUCACAUGUGUAUAGUAGUCUGAUUCAUGCUUAUGCAGUUGGUAGAGACAUGGAAGAAGCUUUACAUUGUGUUAGAAAGAUGAAGGAAGAGGGCAUUGAAAUCACUAUAGUGACAUACAGUAUAAUUGUGGGAGGAUUUGCUAGAAUGGCCAAUGCUGAUGCUGCAGAUCAUUGGUUUAAGGAGGCAAAAGAGAAGCUGCCAUCUUUAAAUGCUGUCAUUUAUGGGAGCAUAAUUUAUGCGCACUGUCAGACAUGCAAUAUGGAUCGAGCUGAAGCCUUGGUGAGGGAGAUGGAAGAACAAGGGAUAGAUGCUCCCAUUGACAUAUAUCAUACCAUGAUGGAUGGUUAUACAAUGAUUGGUAAUGAAGAAAAAUGCUUGGUUGUGUUUGACAGACUAAAGGAAUGUGGUUUCUCUCCAUCAGUUGUCAGUUAUGGCUGUCUCAUUAAUCUUUACACCAAGAUAGGAAAAGUUUCUAAAGCAUUGGAAAUAAGCAAAAUGAUGAAAAUGAGUGGCAUAGAACAUAACAUGAAGACAUACUCUAUGUUGAUCAAUGGAUUCUUGAAGUUAAAAGAUUGGGCUAAUGCAUUCUCCAUUUUUGAAGAUUUUACUAAGACUGGUUUGAAGCCCGAUGUAGUUCUCUACAAUAACAUUGUAACAGCCUUUUGUGGAAUGGGUAAUAUGGAUCGCGCUAUUCGUAUGGUGAAGCAAAUGCAGAAGGAGAGACAUAGACCUACUACACGCACAUUUUUGCCCAUUAUACAUGGUUUUGCAAGAGCUGGAGAGAUGAGGAGAGCCCUGGAGGUAUUUGAUAUGAUGAGGAGGAGUGGCUGCAUUCCCACAGUACACACAUAUAAUGCUCUGAUUCUUGGCCUUGUUGAGAAGCGCCAGAUGGCCAAGGCUGUAGCAAUAUUGGAUGAAAUGAAUCUGGCAGGCAUUGGACCGAAUGAACACACAUAUACAACUCUUAUGCAAGGUUAUGCUUCACUGGGUGACACUGAAAAGGCCUUUCAGUACUUUACCGCGUUGAGGAAUGAGGGUCUGGAGAUUGAUGUCUAUACCUAUGAGGCAUUGUUGAAGGCAUGUUGCAAGGCAGGCAGAAUGCAGAGUGCCCUUGCAGUCACAAAAGAAAUGAGUGCAAAAAAGAUUCCAAGGAACACUUUUGUCUACAACAUACUAAUUGAUGGUUGGGCUCGGAGAGGUGAUGUCUGGGAGGCUGCAGACUUGAUGCAGCAAAUGAAAAAAGAAGGAGUUCGACCAGACAUCCAUACCUACACGUCUUUUAUAAAUGCUUGUUGUAAAGCUGGAGAUAUGCAGAAAGCAACUGAGAUUAUCCAAGAAAUGGAAGCAUCUGAUAUAAAACCAAACCUUAAAACCUACACCACUCUAAUAAAAGGUUGGGCACGAGCCUCUAUGCCCGAGAAAGCUUUGAGUUGCUUUGAAGAGAUGAAACUAGCUGGAUUGAAACCAGACAAAGCAGUGUACCAUUGUCUUGUGACAUCUUUGCUAUCAAGGGCAACCUUUGCUCAAUCAUACGCAUAUAGUGGCCUGUUGUCUAUAUGUAGAGAGAUGGUAGAGUCUGAGAUGACUGUUGACAUGGGAACUGCGGUUCAUUGGUCAAGAUAUUUACGUAAGAUUGAAAGAACAGGAGGAGAACUAACAGAAGCCCUACAAAAGACCUUUCCUCCUGAUUGGACCUCACAUAAUAUUCUUGAUGUCACUAGUGAAGCAGAAACUGCAGAUCUUGAGAUUGAUGAUGAUGAUGAAGAUGAAGAUGAUGAUGAUGACGACGUCAAAGAUUAUAAUGUCAAUGGAAUCAACAAAGAUGAUGAUGACAUUGAUGAUGAGAAUUAUGAUGAUGUUAUUUCAUAGUCACACAGUUGAUAGUUUUGAAUGAUGUAUCGUAAAGGAAUCGGCAGAAUGUCAUGAUUGGUGCGAAUCGUUUAGGUAUUAAUAUUUUUUUUCUUUGAUAGAAAUAGGAAAAAUAGUAAUUUUGUUGAAUCCCCUUCCCGGCACCCAGAAAUUACUGUGAAUUUUAACUAAUUUUGUAUUCAAUCAAAAAAUCAUGUAAGAUUUAUGCUGAUUGUAAAUAAAUGUAUAAAGCCCUUAUUUUUCUUUUA